AUGUCUGGUGUGACGGAUUUCAAUAAUCCCCUAAGGAAAUUUAAACUUGUAUUUCUUGGUGAACAGAGUGGUUAGAAAAUUUUUAAAUUCUUCACCUCCGUUUACGCCAUUAUAGUUGGAAAGACAUCAUUAAUCACCAGAUUUAUGUACGAAACAUUCGACAGCGUGUAUCAGGUACAUAGAAGCUUUACCCUUAUUUGCCGUUAAGGCCACGAUUGGCAUAGACUUUCUAUCGAAAACAAUGUAUCUUGAAGACAGAACGGUAAGGGCAUAAGCAGACGACGUGAACUGUUAGAUUCGUCUGCAAUUAUGGGAUACUGCUGGACAGGAACGGUUCCGGAGUCUUAUCCCGAGUUAUAUUCGUGAUUCCUCCGUGGCUGUCGUUGUAUACGACAUCUGUGGUUUGUCUGAGUCAUUUUGAAUUCGAUUGAAUUAGUUAAGGAGUCUUUUUCCCAGACAACGAAAUGGAUAGAUGAUGUUCGCACCGAGCGUGGUAGUGAUGUCAUCAUCAUGCUCGUUGGCAAUAAGACUGACUUGGCGGACAAACGGUACGUUAUACCCUGUGCAUUUAUUCGCGGGACCAUUCAGAAAAGUUUCUACUGAGGAGGGUGAAAGAAUGGCGAAGGAACUUAACGUCAUGUUCAUCGAGACCAGUGCCAAGGCGGGCUACAACGUCAAAAAUGUACGUUGGAACUUUUUCAUGCAUAAAUUUUGA